UGGUUGGAUCAUCCGGAGUCACAGUCUCACCGUGGAACAGUCAGUGCGAGCAGGCGGGCGGACCCACGCACGACAACACAGGGAAAACAACGAGGGCAGCGUUAUCAUUUCGGAAACGAGCGCACCAGCAAUGAACUACACCCGCACCGUCUGUUAGAAGCAAACACAGCCGCCGUGACACCGCAAACGCGUCGAGGAUGAGCGGCACCGCAGCGGCCACAGGGUCCGGCACGGCUUCCUCCUGCCGUUUCGCUCACUAUUUUGUGGUGUGUGGAGUGGACGCGGACACGGGCCUGGAGCCGGACGAUGGAGCAGGAGACAGCUUUGAGCAGAGCCCCAUUCGACGGUCCUUCAAGUCAAAGGUUCUGGUGCGCUACCCUGAAAACACAGACAGGAGCCCCUUCAAUAAAGAUGCUGUCAACAUGCUCUGCAUGCCCAGGGGCCUGUCGUUCCGCACUCAGGCAGACAGACUCGAUCCUCAGUUCCACUCCUUCACACUCUCCUCUGACGACGGCACACGUUCCUAUGGCUUUGUCCACACGCUCUAUGAGGAGGUGACCGACCCGAAGAUCAUCAUUGCCAUGCAGACUCUCAGUCAGAUGCACCACGUGGAGCACCAGUCCUCCUCAUCGGCCUCCUCUCCCUCUUCCUCAACAUCAUCGUCAACCUCGCCCUCCACCUCCAGCAUGGACUCUCUUGUGAGCAGCUUGGACGAAUCCGAUGCCGAGUCCCUAGCCGGGAUUUCUGGCUGCCUCAGCUGCGUAGGCUCCUUCGAUCCAGUGCGCGAUACGCUCUACGUGUCCAAAGCGCUCUGCCUCCUGACGCCGCUCCCUUUUCUUCAGGCUUCACGACAGUUUCUCGCUCAGCUUCACCAAGCUGUGAUGUCACACACAGCUCCACCUCUCCCUCUGGAGAGCUACAUCCACAACAUCCUGUACGAGGUGCCCGUGCCUCCGCCCGGCAGGUCGCUGAGGUUCCACGGGGUGCAUCGCCCCAUCGUGUGCCAGCGGCCUGGUCCUGGGGAGCUUCCUCUCGGGGAGUAUCCACUAGGAGAGGCGUUCUCACUCCUCGGUGUGGACAACAUGGUUCAGCUACUGACUUGUGCAUUUCUGGAGACACAAGUCCUACUGUACUCUCAAGACUACCAGCGUUUGAUGACGGUGGCAGAGGGCGUCGCCACGUUGCUGUUUCCAUUUCAGUGGCAGCACAUCUACCUGCCCAUCAUCUCUGCACCGCUGCAUCACCUCCUCGAUGCCCCCGUGCCGUUCCUGAUGGGCCUGCAGCGCAGAGAGGGCGCUCAGCGCUCCUCUCUUCAUCUUCCACACGAGGCCAACCUGUGUUUCGUGGACAUUGACAACCAAUGUGUCGAAGCCCCUGAGGACCUGCCCGCGUUUCCAGACCAGACCGAGCUCAUCCGGGAACUGAGUGAAGUACUGCAGCAUUUUGGGCUUCCUCUACAGGGAGGUGUCACCACUAAGCCCCCCACCACCACCACCACCACAACAACCUCAUCCCCCAAUGUGAGCAGCCUGGUUCUGGAGGACCUGAUGGAGGACAGGAGGAACGGGAACCUGGGAGGUGAGGAGCUCGCCGUGCUGGAGAGGCUGCAAGCUCUUGCACGGAGGUGCGGGGGAGGUAAAAUGUCGGAUGACAGGCAGACACUGGGACGCGUGUUCGCGGAGGAGGAGGAGGAACUGAAGGCUGCGAAACUGAACAUUCAGCUGAGGGAGGUGUUUGCCGGACGCUUGGCUGCCAUGUUUGGCAGGUAUGACGAGUUUGUCAUCCACAGCGCUCUGGAUCUGGACUCUUGGUUGAGCAACCGAGAGGGGACGUUCAGCUUUGACAAGGGUUCCUUCCUCUCAGCUCAGCCCAUGACCCACUUGCGUUUCUUAUCUCGUUUCCUGGAGACGUCCAUGUUUUCUAAUUUUGUGGAUGGGAAAGUGAUUUCUCACUGGGCGGAGAGGGAUCCACUGCAGCAGCUGUUUGACAACCGCGUGGAGAAAGAGCGACUGUACGACACGGACAAGGACUCGUGUAACUGCCACUACAGGAAAAGCACCACGCUCUUUGAGUCAGCCCAGGCAACAGAGCGUAGACUGCUGAAGGCCGACCACACGGCGAUACACCCCCACCUGCUAGACAUGAGGAUUGGCCAGGGUCGCCACCAGCCGGGAUUCUUCCCUAAGCUGCAGGCUGAUGUGCUCACACAGGGACAAAACACCAACAAGUGGUCCAGUCGUGUGACAGCAUCACGCAGGACUGAACCCAAAAGAUGGACGACGAGCGAUCACUCGGGAGUGGAUAAUGAGCCGAGACAGAAGCACACUUUCAUGAGGAAGAACCUCCGCCAGUCGAAGCUACUUGACCCCUCACCUGAAGCUGUCACUCAGACUCACAGAGAGUUUGUUGAUGGGCUGUUGAGCGAGUGUCGCCUCAAGACUAAACGGAUGCUGAUGGAGAGGAUGGGGAAGGAGAGUGUGGAGCUGGGUCAGGGAGAAGCUAACAUCACAGGCCUGCAAGAAAACACACUCAUCCAUGGUCUGUGUGACCUGCUGGAGAGAACCUGGGGCCACGGUCUGCAGCUGAAACAGGGCAAGUCUGCGCUUUGGUCUCAUCUGCUUCACUACCAGGCAGCCCAGGGGAAGAUGGAGGCACCAGCUGAGUCUCCAGGGUCAGACCAGAGAACAAAUGAUGAUGGCGCUCUGCUCCUGAGAGGAUCCUUAAUACAGGACAUGAGGUUCAUACAAACUAUGAGUGAGGGUCUGUCUGAGGUGGGUCAGGCUCGGGCCUGGAUCCACCUGGCUCUGGAAAAGAAAAUGCUUUCUCAGCACCUUAAAGAGCUGCUUACAAACCAGAACCUGCUCAGGCAGCUGUAUAAACCUCACGCAUUCCUGCUCUGUGAGGAAGAAAGGGAGCAGUUCUUGUUCCACCUGCUCUCUCUCAACACUGUGGACUACCUCUGUUUUACAAGAGUCUUCACCUCCAUCAGUAUUCCGUACCGUGUCGUCAUUGUGCCCAUGAAGAAGCUGAGCAUUGCCAUGGCAACAGUUAACCCCUGGGUCUGUGUGUCGGGAGAACUGGGUGAUUCAGGAGUUAUACAGAUGCCCAAAAAUACACAAGAGAUUUUUUUCCAGUGCAACAACCUGGGCAGGCUGAGCACGCUGCAGCUGGGACAGGAGAACUCUGGUUUGCUGGCUAAGUGUCUGAUCGACUGUGUGAUGGUGUACAAUGAGAUCACUGGACACACGUACAGGUUUCCCUGUGGCCGAUGGCUGGGGAAAGGCGUGGGCGACGGCAGCCUGGAGAGAGUCCUCAUUGGUCAGCUGGUGUCACCUGGUGGAGAGGACGAUGCCGGAAGGUGGACAGGGACGCCUCCGGAGCUGACCUCUCCUUCUCAGAGUGUACGGGCCGUGCUGGGAUCACUUGGCAGCCGAGGCAGGCUGCUUUCUGUCGAAGUACAAGAGAGCAUGAGAGAGGCAGCAAAUAACCUUGUCAAGCACUUCCACAAACCUGAGCAAGAGAGGGGAAACUUGACGGUGUUGUUAUGUGGUGAAGGAGGCCUGGUGCUGUCUUUGGAGAACUUCCUCCUCCACGGCUUCAAAUCUAACCGUCUUUUCCAAAGAAACGUCUUUGUUUGGGACUUUGUUGAGAAGGCAGUGAUUUCCUUGGAGACCGCUGAUCAGAUGGGUGACAUGCAUGGAUCAACACUGACCAAGGGUCCACCCGGUGACUCCCUGUGUCACUAUGUCACUGCCAUCAAUGCCUCGCCCCGGAGCAUCGGAAAAGAGGGCAAGUUCCAGCUGUUUGUCUGCCUGGGAAUCAGGGACCGACUUCUCUCUCAGUGGCUCCCCCUGUUGGCAGAGUGUCCCCUGACGGCAAGGACAUACGAGGAGGGCGCUCUGCUGCGGGACCGUGCAGCUGUACACUCCCUGUCUCGCAUCCUGCACACACUCAAUGACUUCACCAUCACUCUGGAGACGGCGCUGGUUAAAGGCAUCGAUCUCUGACCCCACAGACAAACACUUGAGUUUAGCCCAUUCCUCUGCAACCUUCUGCAGAAAUGUUGACGGCAUUAAAAACAUCCAUCUUUUCCAUUUUGCAGGAACAGGAAGUUCAUUCAGACACUUGAAAACUUUGAUCAUGAGCAGCUGAAAACACUGGCAUCUCCAGCUCCAAACAUAUUGCCUUGGUCAUCAGUGUAAAUGUCUUAGAUUCUUUAUUUGCUUUGGGAAAAAUGGUCGGAUGUCUGCGAUGCUUCACACUGUGAAAUUCCGUUUCCUCUUGGAAAAAAUAGAGUAAUUCAUAAUCUCACAUCUACUGUAGAUAUUUUCAAGGCUCACACCGUAACUGUAACUCCUUACACUGCUGUAUUGCUUGCACUUGAAUUUAAGAAUUAAACACAUGCAUGGCCAAAACCUGUUCCUUUGUCUUAUGUCUUAGUGUGUUGUGAACCUGAAACAUCAUUCAUGAAUUAUCUGUGCAAAUAUACUGAAGUAGAUACUGUUCUCACGUUAUGAUAUGUUGAAACUGUUCUAUUAUUAUGCUCUUGUUAGACUGUGCAGCGUCAGGCCUGGAUCUUCUUGCUUAUUUCAGUUUAGGGGAACAAACUGCAGAGAGUUGUGGUCAUGAAAUCUUCUGUUGGUGAAACACUCAAACCAAGCUGGAGUUCUUAAUGUGUUUCUCCAAAUAGUCUUUGCCACUUUGUCAGAAAGUUGUUUGUUUUCCCUCUUUCAUCCCAAGUAUUUUUGCUUCAUUAGAUCUUAAAGAAUUGUGGCCAUUUGUUGUUAUUGUACAAUGAAUAUGUGGCAUAUUUUUCUGUAGAAGGACAUUUUGUUUGUGUAUGUGGGAAAAAAUGAUUUUAUUUAUGAUAUCAUUUACCAGUUAUAUUAAUAGUUUCUAAAGUGUUCAGUUGUCUUUGCAAAAAAAAUCUGACAAUGAAAAGAGCACAGGUUCUUUAAAUGCUAGGUAUUAUGAUGUUGCAUUUAAAAGUUAAACACUCUCCUGCAAACACUAUUAAAACCACAAUGACCAAGACUUUAUUAUUAUUUAAAUACAGUUCUGAAAAAGCAAUAAAGAAUUGUUAUUUAUGAAAUGUUGUCAAAGAAUAAAGUUAACAUUGAUAUAACAGA